AUGCACAUGGUGUUUCUUGGUAUCGGUGGUUGUAGAUGCUUUAGACGCACGUUUGAAGGCUCUGCUCCGCGCUACAAGGUGAAGGUGAGACGUUCGAUGGUUCUGUCACAUCCAGCCUACGAUCUGACGAGCAGAGAGCACCCAGAGGCCCUGGAACAACACUCGCUCCAAAGACACAAGACGAGAGAGCCACAAAGACGUACGCUGCUGUCUGCUUUACAGCCUGAGCUUGACUUCGUGUGGACAGGGCCUAAACUCCAGUCUGAAACCCUGGACUCCCUGGACCUGAGGACUAGUCCCCAGUGUAAAACCCUGGACUCCCUGGACCUGAGGACCAAACCCCAGUCUGAAACCCCAGACUCCCUGGACCUGCAAACCAGUGCCCAGGACGUCACCAUCGGGAACAAAAGAGUCAUGAUUCCACAGUUCAGUUGA